GGUGGGGGCUUCCAGCAGCACCGCACCAUCAUUUCAAGUCCAAAUGUAGCUGCGACGCAUUAUUGCAGUAUAGGAGAACAGACGUACAGAAACUACUGCGCUACUCCAGAAGCCCCCCCGCCCCCCUCACACUGACACACACAUGCGCGCUCACACGUACUGAGCAGCAGCAGGAGAGGACAGUGCUGGACGGUGCUGGCUCUAACGGCGCUGGGACCCGGGCAAACACCGUCAGACGGGACACCUUCAGAUUACAGAGAGGACGUCUGGGCUGAACGCGGAGCAGCUGUGUUGUUUUUUUUUCCUUCUGAAAGAAACCGCGGAGAGGGGACCGGUCAGAGCUGUGGCCGGACACCGUGUGUGUACGUGUUUAAGUGAGGGGACAUUCUCGCCUUCCUGAUGCGCCACUGCUGCUGAACUGCCGCUCACAGCUCCACUGCAGCUGCUGCAGCCUCCGCGCAAAGACGUCUGUCCUGCCAACACGGGCUGCCCUGCCCUGCCCUGCUCCCAACUCUGAGGAGUCUUUUUUCCUCCCUCUUCUUCUCCUCCACUUUUAACUGUAUCUUCUUGACUUGAAACCCUUCCCCCUUUCCUCUGUCCCCGUCCUCUCUCUCUCUCUCUGACCCCCCUCAUCUUCACUGAGGCAGCCCAUCGGAAAUUGCUGCGCACACGAUGUCAGCUCCAGCUCCAGAUGCUGCGGCUCCUGCAGGGGCUCCUGGGGCCCCUGGCGCACCUGGAGGAGAGGGGGGCCCAGCUGGCGGCCCCCCUGCCCUACCCCCAAACACCAGCAGCAACCGCCGACUACAGCAGACUCAGGCACAAGUGGAAGAGGUUGUGGAUAUUAUGCGUGUGAAUGUGGAUAAAGUCUUGGAGAGGGACCAGAAACUGUCGGAGCUGGACGACAGGGCCGAUGCACUGCAGGCCGGAGCCUCACAAUUUGAGAGUUGUGCUGCCAAGCUGAAGAACAAGUACUGGUGGAAAAACUGCAAGAUGAUGAUCAUGAUGGGCAUUAUUGGAGUCAUCGUGGUUGGAAUAAUCUUCUUGUAUUUCUUCUCAUGAGCUGACCCAGCUUACAGGGAGGAGAAAAUCAAUUAAAGGAGGCGGAAGAAAAUGAAACAAAUAAGACCACUCAUAUAAAGUCCAUGCCUUUUCCUGUCCCCCUCUUCUCUCUUCACUCUCGAGCCAUCUGGUACUCCAGUGUGUCAGCAGAUCAGCAGAUUCAUAAGAAGCUAACCAUUCUGCCUAGAUGGCAAUGCUUUUCACCUGCUCUUUCACUAUGACUUUCUCUAACUUCCUCCUGCGGCAUUACACGCACACACACACACACGCACACACACACACACACACACACACACACACACACAUAUACACAUACACACACAUACACAAACCCCACAGAGGGGAAAGCAUACAUGGAAUAUGAGGACAGUGAGUGAGAGGGGAGGACAAAAAAAUGUGUGAGUGAGGCUGCAUAAAUAAUAAGUGACAUUAGAAAACUGAAAGCAGGGAGCCCUCAAUCCUUUGUGUUCCUGCAAUGCCAAAACAUGUUCAUGUAACCUUCCAAAGCCUUCAGGAAUCAGUCUGUAAACUGAUACCAGCAUGUCUAACAACACAUCAGAAUCUGCUCUUUCCUACUGUCAUAAUUCUAUGAACAUCAGCUUCUAUUUACUACUGUUUACUGUAAACAAGAUAAAUGAGAAGAACAUUAAUCUGCUUUUCUUGUCCAUGGGUAAUUGUGGUCCAUCAUUAUAGAAAGAAGCUUCUAUUCAUAUGUAGCUAAACAUCUUUUACUGCUAUCCCUGUUCACUUCUUGCGCUUCAGAAUAUAGAAAUGUCUUUUAAAAUAAACAAGAGGGUGAUAGUAAAAGACACUGGAAUGGAAAACAGAAAGAGAAGCACAGUGAUGUGAGAGAGAAAAAAAGGCAGGGGUGAUUUUUAACUAUUGGUUCAGAAAAUAGGGAAAAAAGAUAAACACAUUUUCAUGCAUAGACUUGCAAGUACAGUUACAUGCAUACAGCCACAUGCACACAGACAUACUCAUACAGAGGCUGCUGAUACUGUAAGUCACUUUAAGAGUGUAAGAUUGUACAAUUUCAUCUUUAAAAAUAAUAUAAAGUUGGAAGGUAGAAAAAGAUGUGGUGUGAAAACAUGUAUAGACAGGCCACACACACACACACACACACACACACACACACACACACACACACACACACUCAUACACACAGACUUAUUAGCUGUUAGGAAUUAAUUUGUGUCUAAUGACUUGCAUGGAAGACACACUGUUAGAGUCGUAUUCUGUAAUGUUUUCCUGAACUACUGCCUAAUGUACAGCUCUGACAGAGAACCUUCACAGCCUCCAUAAAAUCUCAUCAGUGUACAAAACAUGAAACCUGUGAACUUUCCAAAAUAAAUACCUGCUAAAUCACUAAUAAAGAUGUGAUAAGGAAAGGAAAAAGUAAUUCUUUGAAAUGCCAUGUAAUAUGCUAUUUUAAACUAGAUUUCUUCACAGAUUCAAACUUUAUUAUUUUUCUAUUCAGUACAGCUGUUGGAUAUUGCAAAGAUUUACCAUUUUUCAUUGCUUUAACUGAUUUUAAGAGAUUGUAUGACACAUUGCUAAAUGUAAAUGCCAUUUAUGAAUGAUGUAGCAGUGACAAACUGGUAAACAAAUCACUUUAGUGAAUCCACAACCAUUUAGUGAAUCCAGAGAAGAAUUCAGAAGCAUGCUUAUUUGCCCUAACACUUUUGCUGAUGCCAAUAAAGAAAUCUACAAACUAUA